GGCGGCGCAGGCGCGCUGGCUCCCGCCGGGGAUGUCCCGCAAGCCGGCGGCUAAGGCCCGGCCGGCGGCUGCCGGAGCCAGGAAAGCGCGGCGGACCCGGCAGGCCCCGGCCGGGCAGGCUCCGAACUCCGCACCGGGCGGUGGAGGCCUCGCCAGGCAGCUCCGGGCCCUCGGCCUCAAGCUGCGGGAGGUACCGGGCGAUGGCAAUUGCUUGUUUCGAGCCCUGGGUGACCAGCUGGAGGGACACUCAAGGAACCACCUCAGGCACCGCCAGGAAACAGUGGAUUACAUGAUCAAGCAGCGGGAGGACUUUGAGCCUUUUGUGGAGGACGAUGUGCCCUUUGACAAGCAUGUCACCAACCUGGCAAAGCCUGGUACCUUUGCUGGCAACGAUGCUAUUGUGGCCUUUGCAAGGAACAAUCAAAUGAAUGUGGUUAUUCAUCAGCUCAAUGCUCCACUCUGGCAGAUUCGAGGCACAGCCAAGAGCAAUGUGAGGGAGCUGCACAUUGCCUAUCGUGAUGGAGAGCACUAUGACAGUGUGAGGAGGAUCAAUGAUGACUCUGAAGCUCCAGCAAACCUUCAGAUGGAGAUGCUUCCCAAAAAUGAUCCCAAUAAGGAGGAGGAAGUGAAAGCCCAGAGGGGUGACUCUGAAGAGGAGACUGAAGGUGAAAUGGAAGAUGCAAUACAAAAAGUCUGUAAUGCAACAGGGUGUUCAGACAUGGACUUGGUCAGACGGGUUCUGGAAGAGGAAGACUACAAUGUACAGUCUGCAGUCUUUGCCAUCUUGCAAGUGAAUGAAGUGGACAGAAUGGGUGCUGAGGAGCAGCCUGGCCCCCAGAGCACAGCUGAAGAGUUGUGUGGCAGAGCACUGCAAAAGGAAACUGGGAGUGGUUCCAGGAUCCCUGGAAAUCAGAGCCUGCACCCAGGUGAAACUGAAGACAGCAAAGGACAGCCUAGGUCUGAUGAAGAGGAGCGAGCUGGCAGAAACCCCAAGGUAUCUAAAAAACAGAAGAAGGAGCAGCAGCGGCUGGAGAAGAAGAAACGUCAGGAGGAGAGGCACCGCCAGAAGGUCUUGGCCACCAAGAGCAACUGUGCAGACAGCAGCAGGAGAGAGACAGACUCCACCAACCAUGUCACCUUGGUGAAGGCCAUGGCAGCUCUAAACAUAUGACUGAAUGUGUUCUGGGUGCCCUGGUGAGAAAAGCAAAUAAAGCUGAUGGAGCCAGAGCUGCCCUUGAGCACCUUCCCAAGCACCCAUUGUUACCUGCAGAUCCCUUUGAGCUCUCUGAGCACAGGCUGAACUUCCUGGUUCUUCACUUGGGGGUGUGUGUGGGGGGGAACAAUUGCUCUGUGCUCCUGCCUUGACCUCUGUGUCAGAAGAGUUGUUUGAACUUCACAGAAAGUAGAGACUUGGGUUUAUGGCUUUGGAGUCAGGGGAAGGUGAGAAUCUGUUCUUCACACAGCAGGCUCGGGUUUGCUUUGACAUCUCUUGAUGUGCCCAGAUGAUAUUAAGAGCUUACCUCAACUUUUGGGCUUGGCUGUGCUUGGAGGAGCUUUGUUUUUACCCUGCUGAGAAAUUCUUACCUCAGGAAUGUGUUGGUUGGUUUGGUUUUGUCUUUUCCCUUCCUGUUUAACUGCAGAUAAAGUGAGCAAAUCCCAGAAUCCUUUCCACAGUCCAAGUGUGGCAGCCAGCACUGUGUCCAAAGGGACAUUCCUCAUUGCUGCCCGUGCAGGAAUGCUGGGAUCAGUUUAGAUCUGCUCAGUGGUGUUGCACUGAGCUGUUUCAGGUGAGAGCAGAGAAUUGCCUUGCCCAUGCUUCUGGCUGAACUUGAAGCCAAGCUCCUUAGCUGGCUGUUGAGACCUGAAAGGGGAAGGAAUAAAUCAUCCUAGUGGACUCAUAGCACCAACCUGGUGCAGCCUCAGGAGCUUGUCAAACAUGGCAUGAGCAGCCAGGAGACUUCCACGGAGUGCUGUGAUGUGGACAGCUGGAAUCUCACCUCCUUUGCCAUGCUCUGAAGCUUCUGAGCUGCUCCAGAACAUUCCUCCAGGCCAAGAACUUGACACUUCAUUAGCCUCAAUGAAAUUGGUGCAGCCAAGGGAUCAGGAAUCCCUGGAACAAGGUUUCCAAGUAGUGAUGAUGAGUGGGAAGCCUGCCUGCUUUAUUCCAUCAAUCAAGCAGGAUUUGUUCCUAUGAAAUUCCUCAUCCUGAAGGUCACCAAGUACUGCAAAAUCAACAGCUUGGGGCCUGGGAUGCUUCCCACCACGGGACUGGGAAUUUGGACUGGGGUAAGGACUCUGGGAUUAGGCCCUCAAUGUUUUUGGCUUCACUCAGGGUUUUGGACUUGGCUCAAGCACUUAGCUUGAGGAAAGCACAAUGCACUUGCACAAGAGAUAAGAGGAGACACCUCCUCAGCCAGGGCAGGGGUGAAAUGGGUUGGUUGAGAGGCAAGAAGGUUGCUUUUGAACAAAUUCUCUGUGUUCUUGGAAGUUUCCAAAGCAGCAUGGAAAUAAAAAGGCCUUUUUUUUUUGGGCUGACCUGC